GAGAGUUUUGCUAUAAUGGCGACGACGGCCGAGUGCAGGGAAGGGACUCCGUGAAAGCUAAGCCCUCCGCUCGGACAUGUCUGGCUGUCCUCCCCGGGUUCAUUCGCUGCCGACCAACUGCACGGGCCGCGGGUGAUUCUGCGGCCUUUGAACGCCUCGUCCCUCGCACGGCGGAUUUCCAUGUCUUUCUUGUGAACACCUUCAAGCAGAUCAUCUGGACUACAUAUUGUCCAUCGCUGAUCACCUGUGGCUGGUGCAGGCCAGGCUUCCGAGUUGGGUGACCCACACUCCUUCACAGGGCCAUGGAGGAAGAGGUGCAGAAGAGCUUAGAGUGUAUCCAGGCCAAUCAGAUUUUCCCCAAGAAAUCCCCUGUCCUGGAGGAGGACAACAUGCAGGUGCCCUUUCCUGAGCUGCAUGGGGAGUUCACGGAGUAUGUGGGGAGAGCAGAGGAUGCCAUCAUUGCAAUCUCCAAUUACCGCCUACACAUCAAGUUCAAAGAGUCUGUCGUCAAUGUUCCUAUGCAGCUCAUUGAGAGUGUUGAGUGUCGGGAUAUGUUCCAGCUACACGUCACCUGUAAGGACUGCAAAGUUGUGCGGUGUCAGUUCUCCACCUUUGAGCAAUGUCAGGAGUGGUUGAAGCGCCUCAAUGCAGUAGUGCGCCCUCCGUCUCGCUUGGAGGAUCUCUUCUCCUUUGCCUUCCAUGCCUGGUGCAUGGAUGUGUACGCUGGUGAGAAAGAGCAGCAUGGCGAGCUUUGUAGACCAGGGGAACAUGUGACCUCCUGGUUCAAGAAUGAGGUGGAGAGAAUGGGCUUUGACACUCAAAAUGCCUGGAGGAUAUCCGACAUCAACUGCAAGUUUAGGCUUUGCCCCAGCUAUCCCCAGCAGCUUCUGGUACCAGCCUGGAUCACUGAUAAGGAGUUGGAAAAUGUGGCAGCAUUCCGCUCCUGGAAGAGGUUUCCUGCAGUAGUUUAUAGGCACCUGAACACAGGGGCCGUGAUCGCCCGCUGCGGCCAGCCAGAGGUCAGUUGGUGGGGUUGGCGGAAUGCUGAUGAUGAGCACCUUGUGCAGUCCAUUGCUAAAGCCUGUGCCGUGGAUAGCACCUCUCUCAAACACCUGUCUAACGGAACCUACACCAAUGGCUCCGACCUGCCGGAUACUGAUUUUGAGUCAUCGAUGACCAACAGCUCAGAGGUGGAGACGUUGGCCAUCCAACCUCAAAAGUUACUGAUCCUGGAUGCCAGGUCUUAUGCAGCUGCUGUAGCCAACCGGGCAAAGGGGGGAGGCUGCGAAUGUCCUGAAUACUAUCCCAACUGUGAGGUGGUUUUCAUGGGUAUGGCCAACAUUCAUUCCAUCCGCAAGAGUUUCCAGUCCAUGCGUUUCCUCUGCACACAGAUGCCUGAUCCAGCCAACUGGCUGUCUGCACUGGAGAGCACCAAGUGGCUGCAGCAUUUGUCCUUGCUACUGAAGGCGGCCCUGCUGGUGGUCAAUGCUGUGGACAGGGACCACAGGCCCGUUUUGGUGCAUUGCUCUGAUGGGUGGGAUCGCACUCCUCAAAUUGUUGCUUUGUCGAAGCUACUGCUGGACCCGUACUACCGCACUAUAGAGGGCUUCCAAGUUUUAGUCGAGACAGACUGGUUGGAUUUUGGCCACAAGUUUGCAGAUCGCUGCGGGCAUGGAGAAAACUCUGAGGACGUUAACGAGCGCUGUCCAGUCUUCCUACAGUGGCUGGACUGUGUUCACCAGCUGCAGAGACAGUUUCCAUGCUCCUUUGAAUUUAACGAGGCCUUCCUGGUGAAGCUGGUGCAACACACCUACUCCUGUCUGUUCGGCACUUUCCUAUGUAACAGUGGCAAAGAGAGGGAGGACUGCCACGUUCAAGAAAGGACAUGCUCGGUCUGGUCCCUGUUGAGGCCCGCCAACCGUACUCUGAGGAACAUGCUGUAUUCCUCACACUCUGAGACUGUUCUCCACCCAGUGUGUCAUGUGCGCAACCUGAUGUUAUGGACCGCUGUCUACCUGCCCAGCUCCUCUCCCACCACCCCUUCAGAUGACUCCUGCGCGCCGUACCCUGUGCCCGGCAGCAAUCCGGAGGAAGCGACCCUGGGCAGAUGUACUAAAACUCGCUCAUUCGAUAACUUGCCCAGUGCUUGUGAGCUGGGAAGCUUGCUGGCCCCAAACCGCCGCUCUAGUGAUCCAAAUCUCAAUGAGAAGUGGCAGGACCACCGGCGCUCUCUGGACCUCAAUAUGGCAGUCGGGCCGGAGGGAGGGGCGGACCAGGAUCAGGAAGUACAGUGUAAUGGAUUGAGCCUUUACCCGAAUGGAGUGGACUCUGAGCUGGAUGACAGCCCACAGUCCCGCAACUCACACUCUGACAUGGCAGAGGGAGCCUGCACGGACUCACCAUCAACCAGAGAAGAGGCAGAGCUGUCUGUGGCAGUAGGUGUGGCUGAGGGCCAGAUGGAGAACAUUCUUCAAGAAGCCACCAAGGAGGAGGCGGGAGCAGAUGCACAGAGAGUUUUAAGUGCUGUAAGUGCUCAACUUAAUAACACAGCAGCCAUGGAGGAGGAGAUGCACCCAAGAACUGCUGAGGAUGAUCAAUGUGCUGAGAGCAACACGACUGAAACACAACAUGGGCAUGCUAAUGGUCUCCAUCCACAAAAUGGGUUUGUGGAAGCUGAGGAGAGCAGUGACUCUCCAGCUGUGCCUGCACAGAUAGUAGAAGAGUUACAAAAACAGAAAGAUGAGGCAGCUCAAACACUUGAGCAUGUAAAGAAUCAAUCUCUGGACAAUUGUUCUGAACAACAUUUUCAGCCCAGUUCAGACGAGCCAGAGCCGCUUAAAGCUCAUAGAACUCAGAUGGCGAAUGGCCAUAGCAGAUCACCUGAGGAGCCUGGUGCAGAUGAGGAGACCAGCUCUGGUUGUGACCCAGACAGAGGUAUGUUAGAGUCAGGGGAACAGGCAGAGAAGAGGGCCUCCCUGAUGGAAAGCUCCACAGAGACUUUGACAGAGGAGAUCUGCAGCAGGUUUGAGCCCCCUGCACCCCCGCCUGUCUGUCCAACCCACCAGGCCUUCAGCAAAGGCCAACAACCUUCCUCUAAGAAAGAGAAAGUGCUGGAGACAGGCGAACACAGCUUUACCAGAACUUUAAACGGGGGCAGCAAGCGACCGCCUGUCAGUGCCUUUCAUUAUGCAAGUGCUGACCUCACUCGGGACGGCCUUUGUAACAGUGACAGUUCUGAUGGGGAACCUUGCGGAGGACCUCAUUGGGUCAAAGGUGAGCGGGCCCCAGUGAGCCGACAGGUGUCCUUGGCAAGCUGCCACUCCCUUAUCCUGCACCACCGGGGCAGCUGCUCACAACACCGCUGGUGCCACGCUCAGCUGGGCCGGGCUGCCGUCAGUCCAGAGCCGCCGUCACGCAGCCACCUGGAUGACGAUGGACUGAUGCUGCACACAGAUGCCAUCCAACAGAGGUUGAGGCAGAUAGAGGCGGGGCACCAGAUGGAAGUGGAGACGCUGAAGAAGCAGGUACAGGAACUAUGGAGUCGUCUGGAAAAUCAGCAGCAAGUCGGUUUCCAUCGCGCCAACGGAGACGCAGGAGAUGAAGUGACAUCAAUGACAGACUCAGAAUACAAUGUGGACCCCAACUGUCUGUCUCGCUGCAGCACAGAGCUCUUCUCAGAAGCCAGCUGGGAGCAGGUGGACAAGCAGGACACUGAGGUCACUCGCUGGUACCCCGAUCAUCUGGCAGCCCAGUGUUAUGGCUGUGAGAGCAGGUUCUGGCUUGCCUCCAGGAAGCAUCACUGCAGUGGCAGGGAGCCUGUCCAGGAGGUCUGGAAUUGUGGUAACGUCUUCUGCGCCAACUGUUGCGACCAGAAGUUGCCGGUGCCAAGCCAGCAGCUGUUCGAGCCCAGUCGCGUGUGCAAGACGUGCUACGGCAGCCUCCUGCUCAGCGCGCCCCCGCUGGAGAAGCCCAUCACGGCCAGCUCGAACUGAGCCUCGGAGAGAGGAGGUGCACCCCCGCAGGAAGGAAGUCGCAGCUGACACACUGCUGAAGAAUGCCACCGAAUGUCCCGUGGACUCGUGUGUAUGUGUGUGUUUGUGUGUGAGUGAGUGCGCUGCAAAAGUGGACUACGUGUCCCACCAGCGGCAUGUUAGCUUUGCACAGUGGGACGGCGUAGGAGGAAGUCCCUCGUUGGCCACACGGAUGGCAUGAUGGGCGCUCACAGCCGUGCACUACAGGAGCGAGAAUGGACUUCCUGGUGCUUUGGACCAGGAGGCAGAAGGUCGUCUCACUCUUCUCCUCCAGAGGAGGUCAGUCCACUUUUUAUCCCAAUUUCUGUCUUAUUUUCAGACUUUCAUGUCCAACGUUGGACUUUUAUCAAAAUGGACAGUUUGGCUGUCAAUCUUUGUGUUGCACAAUCAAAUCAGACAAAUGUUAUCUAAUUCUUAUCAACACAUUCCUGCUCAUUGCACACAAAUGUCAAGUUGAACAUAAUUCUACUUUUUGGAGUCCUGGUGAGACGUCCUCGCUGCCCGCUCGCCAUUCAAUGACCUCCGUUCACACACGCUGGUGGUUUUGUAAAAUAAAGGAAUAAAAUAAUAUAUUCAGAUAUGUCUUAUAGCAUUUUAAGUACAAAAUGUAUAGAAACAGAGAAUAGUGGCUCACUAAAUUAGUCACCAAAAAGUUUUGUUUUUUAACUUUUUUGUGUCGAUUGCAGAAUUGAUCUAUAUAAAUAUAUAUACUUAUAAUUUGCAUCCUGUUGAGGACACAGGUGUGUGUGUGUGUGUGUGUGUUUUGUAAAUUAUAGAAGCACAUGUUGUCCUGC